CUUAGCACGAAGGGACUAGGGGUAUUUCUACUCUUCGAAAACAUAUUCGUUAACUAACGGUUAAGAGGUUAAAAUCUGCCCAAUUUUUAUGCCUGACGGAUCAAAUUUUUGGCCACUUUACGGCCCCAUUGAGACCCUCGGAUAUGCCAGUAUCCAUUCAGAUUGUGGCGUUUAUUUAUGGUUGGCUGGAAGACAAAAAAUUAAAAUUAAACCACCUUAUGACACGGCUGAUGUAUUCUGUGUCUAGCGUACCCACCAGCGAAAAUGCGUGCGGAGCGUUACCCAUUGAGCGUUACCACCUGACUGCGUGACGUCCUAGCCGGAAGAUUCGUCGUGUACAGUCGUUGGCUUAUCGGAGAAAUGUUUUCGCCCAGAUCCCAGACAUUAAUCAAAUAUGGCGGUCGUCGUCAGCUAAAAAUUCUUUCUUCUUCGUGUCUUCGAGGUAAAAACAACCAUGGCUUCAAUUGUUCGAGCUUCUCUCCGUCCGUUUUUUCGAGCUGUUGAUCAAACAUUCUUUCCAAGAAGUUGUCUCGUACGAUGGAAAUCUGCAUCGUCACAAGCUCAGGUCAGUUAUGCAGGAAUCAACGAUGACAUUAGAGGAGCCUUUGAACAGAUAGUGGGUGAAAAAAAUGUUUCAUCUGCAAUGGUUGUGAGAGAACAACAUGGGAAAGAUGAGUCACACCACAAAUGCCAACCUGCUGAUCUUGUCGUGUGGCCCACUAACAAAGAAGAAGUCAUCCAAGUGGCCAAGCUCUGUAACGAUAAUUGUAUUCCAUUGAUUCCUUUUGGAUCUGGGACAGGCCUGGAAGGAGGUGUUGUUCCAAAAAAGGGUGGUGUCAGUGUUGACAUGACAAAAAUGAAUGAGAUUCUUGAGGUAAAUGCAGAAGAUUUUGAUGUCACAGUGCAAGCAGGUGUUACAAGGAAUCAGCUGAACAAUUAUGUUAGGGACACAGGGCUGUGGUUUCCAGUUGAUCCAGGAGCUGAUGCCAGUUUAGGUGGUAUGGCAUCUACAAGUGCAUCUGGAACAAAUGCAGUCAGGUAUGGGACCAUGAGAGAGAAUGUUAUGAACUUAGAAGUAGUUUUACCAGAUGGAAGAGUUGUCAACACUGCUGGAGAAGGGCGACGAACUAGAAAGACAUCAGCUGGAUAUAACCUGACAAACUUGUUUGUGGGUUCUGAGGGUACCUUGGGAAUUAUCACAAAAGUGACACUUAGGUUAUAUGGUAUACCAGAAUCGACAGCUUCUGGAGUGUCAUCAUUUUCUGAUGUCAAGUCAGCUGUCGAUGCUGUGGUAGAAAUUCUACAGAGUGGUAUUCCCAUGGCUCGUAUUGAGUUUCUUGAUGAUGUGCAGAUUGAUGCUUGUAACAAGUUUUCAGGGCUGAAUUACCCUGUGGCUCCAACACUGUUCUUGGAGUUCCAAGGAUCAGAGAAUGGGGUCAAAGAGCAAGCUUCUGUUGCAGGUGAGAUAAUUGAAAGUAAUGGUGGUUCUAAAUUCCAGUGGGCCACAGAACUGGAAGAGAGAAAUAAAUUAUGGAAGGCACGACACAAUGCAUGGUACGCUGAUAUGGCUCUUAGACCUGGUUGUAAGGGAGUAUCAACAGAUGUCUGUGUGCCGAUCUCACGACUGCCAGAGAUAAUCGUGGAAACUAAAGAAGAUAUCAUGGCUUCUAACUUAAUCGCCCCUAUUGUUGGGCACGUGGGCGAUGGAAACUUCCAUUGUUUUAUUCCCAUAAAACCAGAUGACGAGGAUGAACUCCGUGCGGCUAAGGAAUUCACCCUCAGAUUAGGAAGACGAGCCCUUGCCAUGGGAGGCACAUGUACUGGAGAGCAUGGUAUUGGGUGUGGCAAGCAAGCUCUGUUGCCCGAAGAGAUUGGUGAAACUGGUGUUCGAGUCAUGAAAGACAUAAAGAACUUGUUCGACCCUAAUGGGAUCAUGAACCCUGGAAAAGUGUUCAUUUAAAAAGAUCUCUCGUGUUAAACACAAAGAAACUAAGAAACUAACUAAAGAUACACUUAACAAAAACGAGACGAAAGAAACAAUUAGGUACAAAUUGUUUAAAGCUAGAGAAAUGAUCGUUGAUCAGAAGACUCCGUUCGGAGUAUGAUUUAUACCUCUUUCUAAGUUAUUCUUCCGUCUUUUCUUACUUACGCUGCAAAAGGUCUCAAACGUGAAAUAGCUUUUAGUCGAAUUUCGGAAGAGUUAUGCAUACAACCAGGAAGUGUCUUUUUGAAAUUAGCGUCCGUGAAUCAACUGUGUAACCGUUGUGUUCUUUAGUGGGGCAAAUGUUGUCCAUGGUUCAAAAUCACUUAUUAUAGCGACCGUAAUUUUAAGGCGUCUAACUGAACAGUUUUGUCAAUGUUGUUCAAGUUCUUGUAAAGAAAUAUGUGUAAAAAAAUCGUGGCUUUAAACUUUUCUUACCGGUGACUGAGGAGAAAAAGACCAUAAACCGCUCUUUGACCCCCGCUGAAAGAAGUUAAUUUCGGACCCUGGUGUUUUAUUUAGCUGUUGAGAAUUAUUAUGAAUUUUUUCCCUUCGAAUUUGCGGUGUCGCGCACAUGAAACGAUUCUGGGAGGGGAGGGGGUGUAAUUAGUUUCACUGUGUAUGCAGUAGUAGUUGCUUGGUAGGGAGAAAAUUGUUGGAUGUAAAAAUAAUUUUAUAAGUAUAUAAUAAUACGGUUUUUACUUAGAUCAAGAGUAAUAAUUAUGUACAAUAAACAUUUACUCAAAGGAGA